AUGUUUGGCCAAGAAGAAAGACGAGAAGAUACAUCUGCAGUCCCUACAGAGAAGCUGAAACUCAACUACCCGAACGAGAAGCAGAGGAUCCGACAGUUUAAUCGCUUCAAUCCUGGCCCCGCUGCUUUGGGCCACUUUGGCUAUUCCACGAAACGCUUCGAGGAGCUCCUAUCGUUUUAUACCUCCCAUUUCAACAUAGUUCCAACCGACCUGCUUUACAUGGAACACGACGGUCACAGAAUGUAUAUGACGACAUUUAUGCACCUGGACUUGGGCAAAGAGCAUACAGACCACCACUCUUUCUUUAUCGGCGGCAGUCAAACCGGCUCCCAUGUACACCAUUGCUCCUUCGAGGUCUAUGAUUAUGAUACCCAGCACUUGGGACAUCAAUGGCUGGCUAGGAAGGGCUAUCAAUCUGUCUGGGGGGUGGGCAGACAUAUUCUGGGAUCCCAGAUUUUUGACUACUGGUGGGGUCCAGCGGGAAACAUGGUCGAGCACUACGCCGAUGGUGAUCGCGUGAAUGAGGAUACCCCCAUUGGAAUUUUGCCUGCAGGCCAUGAGUCCUUGGCUAUUUGGGGGCCGGAGGUUCCGCUGGCAUUCCUGCAGUAG